UUUCAUACGCGUCGCUUUAAAUAAACUAUGGCAGACUACGGCUCAUACGGUGCUUACGGAGAUGGAGGUUUCGAUCAAGGUGAAACCUCGUUUCAACAAGAUCAACAAUCUUCUCAAAGACAAGGAACGAGAUCUUCUUUGACUCCUGUGACCAUCAAACAGAUCAACGACUCUUCGCAACCUCUCCCAGAUGCUGAUUUCCAAAUCAAUGGAGUUAACUUGAAUAUGGUGUCAUUUGUUGGUGUUCUUCGUAAGGUGGAUAAUGGGAACUCGGCCACCACAUUGACGAUUGAAGAUGGAACUGGUGCUUUGGAGGUGAGAAAAUGGAUUGAUGAUAAUACCUCCAGUGUAUCUGAAGAAUCUACCAAGUACGCGGAUAUGAAGGAUAAAUACGUGUAUGUGACUGGAUCGUUGAAGGAAUUCAGUCUGAAGAAGGCAGUUCAAAACGCCAAUAUCACCGAGGUCACUGACCAUAACCAAGUGCUCUAUCACAACUUGUCGGCUAUUAGUGUUCAUAUCACGUCUCAAGGAAUCACUAAGAAGAGUGAGAAUGCUUUGUUUGUGGGCAACGACGACGUUUCACAUUCGGCGGGACUGCAGGAAGAACAGGUGUUUAGCACUGUGAGUCUGAAUGCUGCUAGUAUGCCUGAAGGUGUUCCACUUCAAUUGAUUGCUCAGAAGUUGAACAUAACUGCGGACGAAGCCUUUGUGAUUUGUACCAAGCUUGUUGAGGAAGGAAGAUUCUACACUGCCUAUGAUGAUAGAUCGUUUUUGGCUAUUUGAGUCAACUAUAUAUGUUUCGAAGAAUGUUUUGUACGUGAUAUUGUUUGUAAUAGGUAAUAUACCAUAUGUUAGUU